AUGGAACUCUAUCCUUGGCUUCUCAUAGCUAGAACACUGGUAAUUUCUUUCACAUUUUUCACUCUCACCAUGCUCGGAUGGUGCAUUAAUACCAAUCACACGCGAUCCCUUCCUCCAGCAGGCUUAUCUUUUGAUAAUAAGUUCUCUCCUUGCAUGAGUUCAGAGUCUCAUUCAAUUACCUUCCAUUACAAGGCUGCAGAAGGCACAAACCAGACUGAAUGUGUUAUCUGCUUGACAAGUUUUGAAGAAGAGGAAAGUGUAAGGAAGCCUCACACUUGCAGGCACAUCUUCCACACCUCUUGCAUUGACCAAGUGAAUUCACCAAAUAGUAGAGUGGCUUUGGAUGAAAAUGAUCGUAUAAUCAAGGUCAUUGUUAACUCCUGA